CGAAUUUCCCAAACGCGAUUUCAUUUCACUUCAAACACAAGGUAAAAGCAUGUCGGUGAUCCAAGUUCUACACAAAAUUCUGCAAAAUGAAUGCUUCUUUUUGCUGGUUGUUCGGACCUCCGAGUUCUCGAAUAAAUUUCGUAUAGAACAGUGUAAAUGGAUUCGGCGGGGUCGGUUCACGCAUAGACAGGACAUGCCACCAUCGGCGAGUCAAACAGUGAUAACGUGUCGUCUAUUGACGCAGUACAGAUUUCCAUAACCGCCGGCGCUGGUUGCUUCCAUCUCCUUCCACUUUUUAUCUGUUUGUAUAUUUUCCACUUCGCUGCAACUGGAAUCUAUGGAGUUUUGAUUCGGAAUCGACUUCCCGCGACGGAAGAGCGCUUUCUCUUUUGGUUGAGAGGGGCUGGGCAGCCGCUUAUGUUACUGUGAUACUUUGAGGGAAUCUGUGUCGAGUUUGGUCUUUCUUUGGCCGGAAAACCUGCAAUGUCGAAGCAUUGAGCGUGCCGUCCGACGCUUGUGUUCUGCCAUUUUAAUAUCUGAGUUGGAGGUGAAGUCCUUUACAGAUAUAUUUGGGACAUAAUCUCAACAUGGCACUUUUGGAUCUCUUGGUAGCCGCUUCCAUGCCAGUCCUAAAAGUGCUAUUGGUGACUGCACUUGGGUUCCUUCUUGCAUUAGAUCACAUCAAUGUUUUGGGGGAGGACACAAGGAAGCAUAUGAAUAAUAUUGUUUUUUAUGUAUUCAAUCCAGCACUCGUUGCCAGCAACUUGUCUAGAACAAUAACAUUUGAAAGCAUGACAAAGUUGUGGUUCAUGCCUCUAAAUGUCCUCCUGACAUUUAUUAUUGGCUCAGUCCUUGGUUGGAUUGUCCUCCGAAUCACAACAGCUCCUGUACAUCUCCGAGGUCUAGUACUAGGGUGUUGCGCUGCAGGAAACAUGGGAAACAUGCUUCUCAUUAUAAUUCCAGCAGUUUGUAAGGAGAAAGGAAGUCCUUUUGGAGCCCCAGAUAGCUGUCGUCAAUAUGGACUCGCAUAUGCUUCACUUUCAAUGGCUGUAGGAGCUGUUUGUUUGUGGUCUUAUGUGUAUAAUAUUGUGCGCAUAUCUUCAAGUAACAGGUCAAAGGAAGUUGAAAUAAAUGAUUCUUCAGUCAGGAAGUCUUCGAGAGAAACCUCAAUAUCACAAAAACAGAUUUGUGAGGCGCCAUUUUUUACUUUGGGAGAUCAGUUGCCCUACACAAGAUAUGAGGGGAAAGCUCAGGUGGCAAUUCUAGAUAAUGCAAAGCAACACUUUGGCAUGCUUUUAAGAAAGAUGAACUUGAAGAGGUUAUUUGCUCCAUCAACUACUGGGGCGAUUGUUGGUUUCAUAGUUGGACUUGUACCUCAGAUCCAGAGAUCAAUGAUUGGUGAUGAGGCUCCUCUCCGUGUGAUCCAAGACUCUGCUUCUUUGCUGGGAGACGGAGCUAUCCCAGCUAUCACCUUGAUAAUGGGAGGGAAUCUUCUUAAAGGUAUACAGGGAUCAGCAAUUCAUAAGAGCCUCAUUAUCGGCAUCAUUGUUGCUCGCUACAUUGCCCUGCCUCUGAUUGGAAUUGCCAUCGUUAAAGCGGCAGUGCAUUAUGGGUUGGUGCAUGGAAAUCCAUUGUAUCAGUUCGUUCUCCUGCUACAAUUUGCAGUUCCACCUGCAAUGAACAUAGGCACCAUAACUCAGUUGUUUGGAGAUGGUGAGAGUGAAUGUUCUGUUAUUCUGCUGUGGACUUACGCUCUGGCUUCCAUUUCACUUACCCUUUGGUCUGCCAUCUUCAUGUGGUUGGUGGCUUGAUUUGGCAAAGACAAAUCCUCAAUCAAUAUUGGAGCUUUACUGAGUAAAUUAUCUGAAAUGCCAACUCAAUUUAGUAUCCAUUUAUGGUAACUGUAAAAGGUUUCUCCUUUUUGUUGUUGCUGAUCAGGGACAUUCUGGCAUUAUAUACUCCUUUGAAAGCAUACUUUAGUCCAUUGUUUUACAGUUUGGCAAUUUUUCACCCUGACAAGUACUCAAAAUCGUGGCUUCAUGUAUCCAAAACAUAGUAGUGUAGUGAGAUUAAACUGAGUUUAAACUUUGUAAUGGACGAAUAAAUUA